AGGAAUUCUUUCUGCAAGAGAGAAAUGGUAAAGGAAGUCACAGAGAGGGUCACAUUUGAGAGGGUUUUUUUCUAGGUGGAAAGGACAGUGGAACAGCAUUACAGGAAACAGUGAUAGAAAUAAACAACACAUAGCAUGAUUGAGAAACUAUAAUUCAUUAAGCAGCCAAUGGUUCCUAAGAGCAGAGAUACUGACUAGAAAGGCUGAUGGAGAUUACAUUUUAUAGCCUCAUAUGACAUGCUGAGGGGGAUUUACAUGUUCAUAUUUAAGCAUGUUUUUCUACCCUGAUUUGAUCCACAAAGUAUUUGAUGUGGCUCCCAAGCAGCACUAGUGAGCAGCCACUGAAAGAUUGUAAGUAGGGGAGAGGCUUGAUCAGAUCUGAGUUUAGAAAGGUCACAUUGGCAACAGGAUAGAAGAUGGACUGGAGUGGAAGCAAAUGGAAGCAAAAUAUUAGAAUGGAAUGAUCUCUAACUGGUAAUAGAGUUAAUAGUCCAGGUUAGAAAGGAUGGGAGCUUGAGGCAAGGCGGGCAGACAGGAAGGCAAUGGACUCCCUCUCCUUGACAUCCUCUAUCUUCUUCUCUCUUUUCCAUAUCGGCCUGUGAAUUCUCAGGUUGCGUAUACUUCUAGAUGGCUUUAAAAUACCUCAGGAAUGUAUAUUCCAGUACCCAACAUAAAAACCCUCCAAAGAUAGGGCCAUUAAUCGACACCUAAUAUUAUGAUCUGCCCUUGAAGAUGCCCAUCAUUUGGACCUGGACAAACCUGUUCUGAGCCCCUAAGCAAUUAAAGGACAAAUAGUAACUUCAUGCAUCUGUGUCUGUGUCUUAUUUUCCUCAGGUGUGCGGAGAAAAUACUAUGGAUCAAAGGAACGUCACACAGGUAUCAGAAUUUGUCUUCCUGGGGCUCUCACAGAUUCAAGAGCUCCAACUUUUCCUGUUCCUGGUGCUUCUACUUGUCUACAUCACCACCAUCGUGGGAAACCUCCUCAUCAUGAUAACAGUGACCUUUGACUCCCAGCUCCACACACCCAUGUACUUUUUGCUCCGAAAUCUGGCUGUCAUAGACCUCUGUUUCUCCUCAGUCACUGCCCCAAAGAUGCUGGUUGACUUCCUUUCUGAGAAUAAGACCAUUUCCUACCAGGGCUGCAUGGCUCAGAUCUUCUUCUUUCACUUCCUGGGAGGUGCCACGGUCUUCUUCCUCUCAGUGAUGGCCUAUGAUCGCCUCAUUGCAAUUUCCCGGCCCCUCCACUAUGUCACUGUCCUGAACACUCAGUUUUGUGCGGGCCUGGUGGUAGCUGCCUGGGUGGGAGGCUUCCUUCAUUCUGUUGUCCAGUUGGGUCUGAUGCUCCCACUCCCUUUCUGUGGCCCCAAUGUGCUGGAUAACUUCUACUGUGAUGUUCCACAAGUACUGAGACUAGCCUGCACUGACACUUCCAUCUUGGAGUUCCUUAUGAUCUCCAACAGUGGGAUGCUAGAUGUCAUCUGGUUCUUACUCCUCCUGAUCUCUUACUCGAUCAUCUUGGUGAUGCUGAGGUCCCACCCAGGGGAGGCGAGGAGGAAGGCAGCAAAUACCUGUACCACCCACAUCAUCGUGGUGUCUAUGAUCUUCAUUCCAAGUAUUUACCUCUACACUUGUCCCUUCACCCCAUUCUCCAUGGACAAGGCUGUGUCCAUCAGCCACACGGUCUUGACCCCCAUGCUCAACCCCAUGAUCUACACCCUGAGGAACCAGAAAAUGCAGGCAGCAGUGAAGAGAUUAGGGAGGCUCUGGCUGGUUUGUAAAAAGCAGUGACAAUGUGUAGGUCACUUCCCUUUGCCUUUAUUUUCCCAUUUGUAAAGUGGAAAAAGCUACUAUAUCCUCUUUUCAUAGCUUGUGGAUGUGUUAUGAGGCUGGUAGAAGUGAAUGAGUUUUUAAACUAAGCAACUCAGGUUUUUAAGAAAAAAAAACAAUCAUUUUUGUUUAUGAUGGGUAAUUUUAACACUCCCAUGACAAUAAGAAAUGUUCACAUAGCCCCUGGAAACCAUAACCCCUCCUUCCAUUUUGGGGGGACAGUUUCUUCUUAUCAUGAGGCCAUUUCACCAGUAAGAGCAUUUCUAUUUUCUUAUUUUAACUUUUCAUUUGUUGCAAAUCUGGAGUGUUGGAAAGAGCACAGAAUUCAGAGUCCUAAGCCCUAAAGUGAUGACCUUUGUCAUGUAUUGUAUUGUGUCCCCCAAAAUAUGUGUCAACUUGGUUAGGCCAUGAUUCCCAGUAUUGUGUGGUUGUCCAUCAUUUUGUGAUUGUAGUGUUAUGUUAAAGAGGGUUAGGGUGGGAUUGUAACACCUUUCCUAAGGUCACAUCCCUGAUCCAACGUAAAGUAAGUUUUCUGGGAGUGUGGCCUGCACCACCUUUUAUCUUAUAGGAGAUAAAAGGAAAGAGAAGCAAGCAGAGAGGCAGGACCUCAUAUUACCAAGAAAGCAGAGCCGAGAGCAGAGCACCUCCUUUGGACCUGGGGUCUCUGCACCUGAGAAGCUUCUUGACCAGGGAAAGACUGAUGACAAAAACCUUCCUCCAUAGCUGAUGGAGAGAGAAAGUCUUCCCCUGGAGCUGAUGUCCUGAAUUUGGACUUGUAGCCUACCAAGCUGUGAGAGAAUAAAUUUCUCUUUGUUAAAGUCAUCCACUUGUGGCAUUUCUGUUACAGCAGCACUAGAUGACUAAGACAACCUUGGAUGAGCCA